UGAGCAGCACACUGGACACUGUUGUGACGGUGAAACGUCGUCUCCCGCUGAAAGAUAGCCCUGACAGCAUCGAAACAGUUAAUGGUAGUUAGCGACAGUUGCUCUGACAAACCCUCGGAGGAGUAACAAGUGUUUACUGUCGAGAAGUUUCCUUUAAUUUUGCGAGAGUUUGUUUUGAAACGUCAAAACGUAAACUUCCUUUAUUAAUGAUUUUUGGGUGAUUCUGGAAUACAUACAUUUUUGUUAAAAUUUAGUUUAACGUCUUUUAACGAACUUUGAAGAUCAUUUUUGAGGGAGAGGACAUGAUCUAAAAUGUGCUAGAGUGGGACCAUCGUAGCGGAACAUCAGGAUGACAGAUCGAGCGGAGCAGACCCAUCACCUGAAAACUUUAGGCAGCCCAUCAGGUGGGAGCAGCGGAGACGCGUUGGAGCAUCUCCCAGCCAGAAGCCGUGGUGGACCAGAGAACGGCAACAGGGGGCGACAGAGAGACCAAAAGCAGCGGCAGCGGGCGGAGAAGUGUGGGGAUAUCAACACAGACAAGUUGUGGCAAAUGAAAGGCGGACCGAGGGAGGUGUGCCCUGCCUCAGCUGCCGGAAACGAGCUCUCAAAGUGCCCGAUUGCUGCCCAGUCUCAUCAGAAACCCGAUGUUCAUGCAGCGGGUGACGGUAAUCACAUCGCGCAGGGGAAAAACGGCGAAGAUAGCCCACUGGGAGAGACUUUAAACCAGGUGCAAGAUGAUAGUCAUAUCGACUCUGACACUGGCUUGGAUGCGCGUCUGGGCAAGAAGAGGCACAGGCGCAGGACCUCCAGGAAGAAGCGCAACUGGAAGCCUUAUUACAAACUUAACUGGGACGAAAGGAAAGCCCUGGAGGAGAAAGAGACGGCCAGAGCUUCUCGGUUGAGAGAGGAGAUGUUCGCCAAAGGGCUCCCAGUGGCCCCUUAUAACACCACCCAGUUCCUGAUGGACGAGCAUGACCGAGAGGAGCCCGACCUCAACACCGAGACCGGGGUCAGACGGACCUCAGGGGUCGGGACCCGCAUGGAGGACACGGGCAGCGAGGAGGACUUAUUUGAUAACGAGGAGGAGGACGAAGAUGACGGCAGCGGGGGAGGCAGCGACGGUAUCGGGAGACCUGGAAACGCAGGUGGAGAGUUUCUCCAGAGAGACUUUUCUGAGACCUACGAGAUGUACCACGUCGAGAGCCUGCAGAAUAUGACCAAGCAGGAGCUGGUGCAGGAGUACCUGGAGCUGGAGAAGUGCAUGUCCCGGCUGGAGGAGGAGAACAACCGGCUGCGGCGCGCCGUGGAGCCCGCGGGCCCUGCCGGGGAGAGCCCCCUGGUCCGGCUGGGAGACAUGGAGAAGGAGCUGGAGAGACUGAGGGCCCAAAACAUGGAGCUCCUUCAGAGCCAGCCCAGCAAUGACAGGGUCGCUACAAAGUAAUGGACACAAUUGAAGUGGGGAAAACCCCCCCUCAAAAAGGUAACAUAUGGGACUGCUGAUUUUUUUUUUGUCAUCAGUUUUCUGUAAUCAGUUUGUCAUUUGGAAGACGUGUCCUUGCAUUGUAAUGCAAUACUUUAUUUUCUGUUUGGUCCUGUUCAAAUGUUGUUUUCCAAAAAUAAAUGUAAAUAUUUCAAAAUAAGAUUCUUUUUAUAAAGGGAAUGUAUCUGACAAUACGAGAAUAUGUGUGUUUGUUUCCUGGGUCAACUCUGUAGCUGUCCAUUGACAUAAACUGUUCCGUUUCUGAAGUAAAAAAAACAUCCUUUGUUGCAUUCACCUCCAAAACAUGAAUACCAAAUGACAGCUUAUUGGGUCAGCUCGCCGAUAAUGUUUUGCAAAAAUAAAUUCCGGAGUUAAUAUUUCUAACAUUUGUGUGUUAACAUAAGUUCAAUAAAACCGUGAAAUGUC